AUGCUGCAGGAUCCUCCACCGGACGCGUUUGUGCGGCUGCGAGGCAACAAGUACACGACGACCAUCUACUGCAUCGUCAGUGGGAUCAUCAAAUUGUCCAAGGUCACUCCUCUCCCUCCCGCCCGCGUCGUCUACCGGGGGCUCCACGGGCUCGAGAUGCCGUCCAAGUUUGUGUCACAAGAUGAUUACGGGGUGUCAGGUGGGGUGGAGCUGGGGAUGUUGAGCACGAGCCAGGACAUGAAGGUUGCCGUUCAGUACGCUGGGAAGGGGUUGCUUCCUACCGUCUUCGAGAUCAGCUGUGGGGCGGUUGACCGCGGUGCUUCGUUGACGUUUUUGUCGCAAUACCCAGGAGAGGAGGAGAUGCUGUACCCUCCACUCUCUUACCUGGAGCUG